AUGUUGAAUAUCCCAGUGACUUCACAAAAUGUUGCAUGCAAUGAUAUUAUUCAUGUAGCAGAAAAAAACUCUGAAGAGCCCCAAAAAAACCCUGAAUUGAAUCUCCUAUUGGGUCCAAAACCCUCUAAGAGUGAGGUUGCUGAACAUGAUGAGUCGUCCAAGCUUGAACACAGUUCAUCAGACUCCUCCAAGGGAAGUCAUCCAUUGGCAUCGGCGCCUGAGAAGCGUGUCGAGAAGGCGAAAAGGAGGGAAUAUACUUGCAAGUACUGCCAUAAGAAGUUUUUAAGUUCACAGGCAUUAGGGGGCCAUCAAAAUGCCCACAAACGCGAGCGAGCUGUGGAAAAAAUUGAGAAUACCAUGACCAUGAAUCCUUUUCGAUACAUGGGAAGUACUCAUGAGUUCCACCCCUAUCAGAGGGUGGCAGCAGCUCUUCCUCUUCACGCUUCUUUCAACCGGACUUUUGGUGCUCCAAUGCAGCAGCAGCCAUUAGGUCAUGAGCAGCCUCAUUACCUUAGACACAUGCAGUCAAUGGUUCAUGAUUCCUAUUACCCUCCAUCAAUCCCAUUGAUGGGUCAUGACCCUUAUUUCCCUAGGUCACAUGUUGGACUUGGUCAUGGCUACCAAGGAAUGUCUACACCUAGAGUAGCAAAUUACUGGCCUACAAACAGUGGGUAUCAAUUGCCCGGAAGGACAUUGUUUGAUGCUGGUCCAAGCUCGGGUGUGUCUGGAGGUUUAUCGGCUUUUCAAAAUCUGGCCAAUGGGGCUUGUGUUGAUGCAAGUCAUGAUUUGAAGGUGCAGCAUGGAGAUCACACAGGGCUUGACUUAUCACUCAACCUUUGA